AUGUACGUGAGCUACCUCCUGGACAAGGACGUGAGCAUGUACCCUAGCUCCGUGCGCCACUCAGGCGGCCUCAACCUGGCGCCACAGAACUUCGUCAGCCCCCCGCAGUACCCGGACUACGGCGGUUAUCACGUGGCGGCUGCGGCUGCAGCGGCCGCGAACUUGGACAGCGCGCAGUCCCCGGGGCCGUCCUGGCCGGCCGCGUACGGCGCCCCGCUUCGGGAGGACUGGAAUGGCUACGCGCCGGGGGGCGCAGCGGCCGCUGCCAACGCUGUCGCGCACGGCCUCAACGGGGGCUCCCCGGCCGCCGCCAUGGGCUACAGCAGCCCUGCGGACUACCACCCGCACCACCACCCGCACCACCACCCGCACCACCCGGCCGCCGCGCCUUCCUGCGCCUCGGGGCUGCUGCAGACGCUCAAUCCCGGCCCUCCGGGCCCCGCCGCCACUGCCGCCGCAGAACAGCUGUCCCCGGGCGGCCAGCGGCGGAACCUGUGCGAGUGGAUGCGGAAGCCGGCGCAGCCGUCCCUCGGAAGCCAAGUGAAAACCAGGACGAAAGACAAAUACCGAGUGGUGUACACGGACCACCAGCGGCUGGAGCUGGAGAAGGAGUUUCACUACAGCCGCUACAUCACCAUCCGGAGGAAGGCCGAGCUGGCUGCCACGCUGGGGCUCUCAGAGAGGCAGGUUAAAAUAUGGUUUCAGAACCGCAGAGCGAAGGAAAGGAAAAUCAACAAGAAGAAGUUGCAGCAGCAGCAGCAGCAACAGCAGCAGCCACCUCCACCGCCUCCGCCACAGCCUCCCCAGCCUCAGCCAGGUCCUCUGAGAAGUGUCCCAGAGCCCUUGAGUCCCGUGUCUUCCCUGCAAGGCUCAGUGCCCAGUUCUGUCCCUGGGGUUCUGGGGCCAACUGGAGGGGUGUUAAACCCCACUGUCACCUAG